CAUGCCGGAUCUCGGACGAGUGCACCGUUUUCGCGACCACGCCGUCGCCGGCGUCAACUGGCGACCGACUCGCUUUGUCGACGAUGUGCCCAGUCUGCUCGUAUGCGAUCUCUGUCGCAUGAUUCCCGAGCGGAUGCUGGCGCUGCCAUGUGCGCACACUCUGUGCCAAUCGUGCCACGCAGCCAAUUACAGUGGAGGGUGCUGUCCCUUGGAUCAAGAGCCGUUCGAGGAGGCUAAGCUCUUUGUUCUUCACUUCCCCACCACGAAAUUCAACGCCUUGAAGGUACACUGUUGGAACGAGGCACACGGCUGCCAGUAUGAGGGAGCUGUGGAAGACAUGCUGCGACACUACGAGAACGAAUGCGGGUUCCACGCCGUUGAGUGUAUGCGGUGUGGUGAAGAAGUCCUACACAGGGAACUGUCAACUCACUACGUUACCGGAUGUAGUACCUCUGCUUCUCCCGCGCUCACAGAGAACAUCUCAUCGGAAUCUAGAGCACUCACGUUUCGAGACGUGACGGCUGCUCUCGAACAACUGAAGGCUCUGUUGAGGGACGCCAACCACGAACAGUUGCUUCUUGGGAUUCAGAGUCGACUGGAUGAGCUGACUGAACAUAUCAGGAGCCGUGAUUCGAGGUCGUCCGUGAUUCAGCACGAUGUCGCGGCACCUGCAACGUCAGAGGCAGCUCAAGUUGCAGUACCAAGUCAUUCGACCUCGUCGCAACGAGAGACUUCCCGGGAUAAUCACAGAGUGGAAGCAAGCACGUCAUCUCCUUCGUCCGGUUCUGAGACAGUGAGGACAUCUGGCAAGAUGGGUUACUUUACCAACCUGCCAGUUGCUGUUCUGAAAGACAUGCGAAAACUUUCCUCGGGGGAUUACCCACAGUACGCCGUUACUGAUCGAGGACCUUGGAACCUUUACUGUCACGUAGAGUUAUUAAGUAAGCAAUCCAGGUAUAGACCUACGUGGAGGGGAAUGCAUGGGGGCGUGAGGUAUGAACUGGCCAUCGAAAAUAUUCACGAACGUAUGCUAUCGCAGCGAGACAGCCGAAUCAUUUCAAAGCUGCCCCACGCUGUCUUGUUGGCCCUUCUGGCUCUCGCCCUAGCUGCCUCGGCACAGCAAGCGGCGCCGGCCUCUGAGGCUCUCGCUAACGAGUCCGAGCACGCUCCGCAUAUCAACACGGCUGCACGAGGACUCGGGCGCUUCAACCCAGGCUACGGCGUGCUAGUUCGAGGUUUUCACGCCAAAAGCGGCCGCCGCGUCCUGCUCGGAAGCCACGGAAUCGUUUACGGAAACGGUGUCCACGGAGGCUCCCACCGCCGCGACUACGGCCACGAGCAGACCUACGGAGAUCGCCACAACUUCGGCUUCCUCCUGAAUGCCGGCGCCAACCACGACUACCAACAAGGCCGCUCCGGAAGCGCCUACGAAAACCGGGAUCACGGAUCAGGAGGCAAUGGCUACGAUGUGGACUACCGGGGUGGCUUCCUUGGCUAG